AUGGUAUCCCCCCACUUCACCAUCUCCUCAGCUGCAAUUUUGCUUUCGGAAUUCCGAGCUGCCACAUCAAAUCCACGACCUGAGUUAGAGGAUACACCUCACUCCCCCAACAACCAGCAAGUUCCACAACCUCGCCCACAUUGGGUUGCUCCCCCGCCAGGCUAUUCCAAGAUAAACUGCGAUGCAGCAUGGAAUCCUCCUACUUCAGCCCGAUUGGGGGCUAUAAUCCGGAAUUCAGCUGGUGAUUUCCAAUGUGGCUCUGCCUCCUCUGCCACGUGUGGUUCUGCAGCCGAGGCCGAAGCAUCUGCAGUCCUCCUUGGAGUUUCUCUUGCUGUAUCCUACAAUCUAAAGAUGGUUCAGGUGGAAUCAGAUGCAAAAGAAAUUAUUACUGAUCUGAGAGGAAUGGGUCGGGAGAAAAAUUGGAGAACAUACCCAAUUUUGGAGCAAAUUCGUAGGAAAGCCGAGAGCUUUGAUGAUUUCAAAUGGGAUUGGAUUCCACGAGAAGCGAAUAUGGCUGCCCACAUUGCAGCUACGCUUGCCAAUGGGUCGGUGGGUCCUCUGAGAUGGGCUAAUCAGCCACCACCUUCCCUAACCUUGGUUCUGAGGAAUGACGGACUGCCUUGCCCACCCAUGGCAGAGGGGUGA